AACUGGGAUUUCGUUUUGAGAAUUCUUGUUAUUCAAAAUUUUUGUUUUGAUAAUAGCUACGUAAAUUACGUCAUAAUGACAUCAGAGAUGAUGGGCGAAGAUGAUUGUGCCGUUCGAGUGGAUUCUGGAGAAUGUCGAUGAAAAACCGACCACAAUUGCGUCGAAAAUGAUUUUGUUUCGAGGAGAACAAGUGUUCCGUGUAGGUUUGAAGAACCUUGCCCAAUUUUUUUGUUUUGUUUUUCAUGGCAAUUAAUCUCAGCCAUAUUGGAAUGAAAGUAGAAGACGUAAGGUACGGAAUUCAAGAUAGUGGCAUCGGCCCAGCAACGAUGACGGAAAUGAAGAAAGAGGAUAUUGGCAAAGAAGGAAGCCUGCAGCUAUUCACCAUUACACUUGAGGAGAAAGUCCUUGGAAACUGCACGUUUGUGUUUCGAAUUUGCAUCGAAGGAACUGAUCCCGGCUAUUCCUAUCAACUGUGUGAUCGACUUGCAAAGGAUCAAAUAUGGGCCGCUUUGACAAAUGAACAGAAUCUGGCGGACGUUGAAUUAAUCGUGAAAGACAAGACAUUUUUCGUUCAUAAAGCCGUCCUUGCUGCCCGCAGUCAAGUUUUUGCAGACGAAUUUGAGAAAAUACCUCUGGUAAAAGACGGUUCUCAUCGGAUCAAAAUCGAUAACGUGGAACCUAAAACUGUUGAGAAAUUCUUGCACUUCAUUUACACGGGCGAGUCGAUAAGAACGUUGGCGGAUUAAGAAUUACUCAAGUUAGCUGAUAGGUAUGGACUGACAACUCUGAUCAUUUUAUGCCAAGAUACCCUGAAAAAAAUUGAUGCCGUGCAAAUGGGUAACCUCAUGAAACGUUUAAACAGCAAUG